AUGACAUUUGCAAUAUCAUCACCACAUAAUGUAGGUAUAUUUGCAUUUAAGUCUGCAAUUGCAGUCAAGUGGCUCAGUAAAGUAAUCCACCUCCUCAUUGACAACUCUCAGUCUGCUUUUCAAUCAGGCAAAUCUUCCUUGGACUCCUUCCUGCUAGGCCAUGAAAUGAUUAACUUUUGUUCCUCAGGGAAAAAGGAUGUUUGUGCAAUUAAAGUGGAGUUCAGAAGAGUCAACCUGCUCGAUAGAGAGGGCUUUUGUUCUUCAUAUGUGAGAGUUCUUUUGAAGGACUCUAGCGAGAGGUUGCACUCUCUUUGGUUAGAACACCAGCUACGCAUAGAAAAAGAGAGAAAUGUGGGUGGGGUCUGGUCGGUUGAUGAAUCUGGCCAGUUUAUUAGGACAGCAGGUAGCUCACACCAGGUUCAUUCUGAUGGACUUAGCCAGCUAGAUUUUGUCCAACCUGCGCAGAGACUUUCAUCCUUUGAGUUUGAGCAACCAAGUCAGCUUGAAAGGAACUCCAUGUUUCAUGAGCGAAGAGGGAAUUUUGAAACAAGCUCACAACCCUUUGAGAGGACAGGUUCUAUAUCUGCUGGUAUGCAUGGGUCAAAUGUUGACAUAGCAAAUGCCUUAGCACGUCUUCAGGCACUAGAUGUGCAGGACCCUCAUGGUCAGAUGCAUCCAUCUGUUCAGAGAGGACAAUUCGCUUCUGAAAGUACUCAGCAUUGUGCUCCUAACCAAUUUGCAGGUUCUCACUUAGAUGUUGUGGAAAGUCACUGGCCUGAGCACAACAGGCAGCUGUCCAAUGGUUUCAUAGAAUCUCACUUAAACCAGUUGCAUCUUGAAGCUGAGAAGCAGAAGAGGAACAUGAAAGCAAAUCUAUCUGGGAGGGACCCAAAUUCACGGGCAACUCUUGUGGCAACUGAUGAAAUCUCGAAUCGAGGAUUAGCUGACCUCUUCCAUCAUAAUAUGAUCCUCCAAUCCUCACAGUCACUAGAAUUAGGUGAUCCUGCUUCAACAUCUUAUGAGAACAGAGAUGCCUCUUGGCCCUUUUCUCGGGCUGCCUCAGACCAUUCGUUUAAUUUUAGUGCAGAUAAAUUUGGUUUAGCCAAUUCCUUUAGAGACACUUCUUUAUAUAAUCAAGGACAAGGACAGCAGGACCACUUUAAUGCAAACUUAGAAAGAUGUGAAAGCGCUGGAAGAUUAGGUUCUCGUUCUAGCUCUGCAGUAGUUCUGGAGAGCAAUCAACUUCUUUCAGAUGUGGAUGAAAUUGGAAAGAAAUAUUUUGUCGAUUCACUAGGUGGUGAUACAUCUUCUGAUAGAGUACUCCCUUCAGAUGUAAUGGAGGGGAAGACAGUGAAGAAGCGAGGUUCUAAAGUUAAGUUGAGUAGGUCAGUCCUGGACGUCACGGAAAGUGGUAUUGAGCAGACUGCAAAUUCUGUUAUAGAUAAUGGAGAUCUGGAAUUUAAUGCACCCACUAGGCAUGCUUCAUUUGGCAGCAGCAGUGGAGGUUCAACUUUCUACAAUCAUGCAACUGGAGUUGAUAAUGCUUAUAGCGCAGAUCUGUCUAACCAUAAGGUGCCUGGGAUUCUUUCAAGGGGGACAGCUGCUAUCUCUUUAAAGGUAUCGUCUCAGGUGUCAGGAGGGGAGCAUGACUCUGUUCCAUCUAUCAGAGGGAAAAACACAUCUUCUUUUGUAUCUUCUGAAGAAGUAAGGAGAGAACCUGCAGAAAAUUCUCCAGAGGUGACUCCUUCAAGCAAGGAGAUAAGAUUACACCGAACAUCCUCAAUCACUGAUGGCCCUGAAGCGUCAUCGUUCAUCGACAUGCUGAAGAGCACCAAGAAAAUGGCUCCUACUGAGCCUGAAGAGCCUCAUGAUGCUUCUAAGGCAAGCAGCAUUAAGAAGAAAGGGAAAAAAGGAAGGCAAAUUGAUCCUUCUCUCCUCGGCUUCAAAAUACAUAGCAAUCGAAUCCUGAUGGGAGAGAUCCAGCGCCCAGAUGAAUGAUAGAUUGCUCUUUGUAUAUGUUUUUCUUGUAAAGUUUUUAGCCUGUAGCAUUUUAGUUUUUGAGGAGUUCGUUUUCAUAUCGGCUGUGAAACUGUAAAGAUGCAUGAGUUCCGUUUUGGAUUUAAAUAGCCUUUAAAGAGAAGUUUUUGUACAGAAAAAAGGGUUCAAUCAAUACAAGCAAGUAUUUUACGGAGGUUU